AUGCCCCAGUUACUUGAAAAUAUAAAUGGAACUUCAAGUUCUUCAUGUUACUCAUGUAAAGCUCCAAUAAAAGAUCGUUAUAUGUUGAUGAGUGAUAAUUAUUAUUGGCAUGAAAAAUGUUUAAAAUGUUAUGAUUGUAAGAUGGAGUUAACGGAAAAAUAUUUUAAAAUUGAUGGUGUUCAAGUUUGUAAGAAAGACUAUUCAAAAAGAGUAGGUAAUAAAUGUGGUAAUUGCAAAAAACAAAUUGAAAAAACAGAGAUGGUUAGGCAGAUAAGAGGAAAAAUAUUUCAUAUCAGUUGUUUUAAAUGUUCAAAAUGUUUUAAACUUUUCGAUACAGGUGAUAAGAUUUGUAGUUUAGAAGAUGGGACAUUUGCUUGUGAAAAAGAUAUUAUUAUACAACAAGGGCAAACAUUUGAAAGUGAAUCAGAAGGACAUGAAGGUGAAGAAAAAGAAAUAAUUGAAGAUGAGGAGGAUGAUUAUAUAAUGGAGGAAGAUGGUGAAUCAAAUACACCAAAUUUUAAUGAAAUUAAUGAAAAUGAUCAUUUAAGUUCUAAUGGUGAUAUUGAUAAUUCAAAAUAUGAUAAUGAUUUAAUAUCAAAACGAAGAGGUCCCAGAACAACAAUAAAAUCAAGACAAUUAGAAAUUUUAAAGGCAGCAUUUAAUGCAACACCAAAACCAACAAGACAUAUCAGAGAACAAUUAGCUCAAGAAACAGGAUUAAGUAUGCGUGUUAUACAGGUUUGGUUUCAAAAUAGAAGAUCCAAAGAAAGGAGAUUAAAACAGAUGAGAUUAACUGGGGGAAGAAGAGAUUCAAGAAGAAAUAGGCCUUUUAAUUCUUCUGAAAAUAACACUUCUAUUACGCAUGACUUCAUGCCAGUCGAAUCAAUGAUGAGUGAUGUAGAACAUCAUCCUAAUCAACAACUUAUUUAUGGAACUUCUGCUCACUCAACACCACCAUUUUUUAAUGAUGUUUAUCCACAAGGAGCAUCAGAAUCAUCCUUAAUAACUAAUCAAGCUCUUCUUGAAUGUGCAUCUGGAAAUGUCUUUAAUAACAAUUUGAAUAACCUUAUGCUCCAAAACAAUUAUAAUUACGUCAACCAACACCCGACUGAGAUCCCUACUCAUGUCAAUGGAAACCUCAUAUCUAUGCCUCAAUUGACACAAUUGACAACUUUGUCAUCACAAAUUGAUGUUCCAUCCGUACAACCUUUAACACCCCCAUCAAAUUCAAUGGGGUACAUAUCUCUUAUCUCCCCAGUGGACUAUUGUAACAUUCAAAUUUAUAAAUGA